GGGGCCUGGCCUCCCGCUCUUUGCGUCAGGAGGGGCGCCCUUGCGUGCCGGGGAAGGCGACCUUCGUGAAGGCGAGGAGGGCUUCUCUGCAGCCGGGCAGGCGUUGGAGUCCACCCCUUCACUCCCUCUUCUUCCUUCAGGCGCAGCUCCGAGCAGCGGAUCCUCGAAGGACGAAAAAAACAAAACCUCCCGGGAUCGAGAGCUGCAGCUUUCCCUGGUCCGGAGUGCAGCUGGGUGAGUUCGUCGCUUCUGGUGGGUCCUUCCUCAGAAAUCUUAAUCAGUAAGAUGCCUUUGUGGACUCGACAGGUUUCCAGAUGCUGCUCUUUAUUAAAUGCAUACAAUAUUACAAAGAGUGCAGAGCUGAGAAAGGAAUCAGUAAAAAUGUGGACACGUUUUCUUGAAUCAUCUAAGUUGCAGCGCCUUUGCCCUUAUGGAUAUUACUGCCACAUGCUGUUAAAGAAUUUCAGAACUUUGCAUCUGGAGAAUCACAGGCACUUCUGCAGCUCAAGUACUGAACCUCAUCAGACUGCACUUUCUCUCAUUGACAAGCCAAAACCUGAGAUAGUACCUGCUUUAGAUACCGAAGAAUUUCUUCAAGAUUUGGACGAUGACUUGCCUAUAUCUCCCUUGGAGAAAAUUUCAGAAGACGAGUCUCUUCAAAUCAAAGCUGCACCACCACCUCCGUUAGAAUCUUUCUCACUUAGAGAUUACGUUGACCAUUCGGAAACAUUGCGCAAAUUGGUGCUUCUAGGAGUCAACUUGUCCAUGGUGGAAAAACUUCCAAAUGCAGGCCAGCUUCUUGUAAAACUCGAUUUUGAAACUGACAUUAAAAAAAUCCUUCUAUUUCUUAAUGAUAUUGGUUUGGAAGAUACACAAUUUGGGCCAUUUCUCACUAAAAAUCCUUAUAUUCUCAACGAAGAAGUGGAAGAUCUAAACACAAGGGUCGACUAUCUAAUAUCAAAAAAAUUUCCCAAAGAAGCAGUUACACAAAUGGUUUUAAGGGAUCCAUGUUUACUCCUCCUUUCUGUGGAAAAUCUGGAUGAUAGAUUGGGUUUCUUCCAAAAUGUACUUGGACUAAAUCCAAGAAAGACUAGAAAUUUGGUAACCCGUCUUCCAAGAUUGCUAACUGGCAAUCUUGAACCAAUCGAAGAAAAUCUUGCAGUGUAUGAGGAAGAACUUGGAUUUAGUAAGAAUGAAAUCCGCCAUAUUGCACACAUAGUCCCUAAAAACCUAAGUAUGGGCAAAAAGAAGUUAACACAGAUUUUUGAUUAUGUGCAUAAUGUAAUGGGCAUUCCCCACAAACUUAUGGUACAUUUUCCUCAG